AUGUCCACAGGCACCUGUGGCAUCACGUUGGUGAGUCACAAUCACAGGAUAGUGGGAGGGUCAAGCCGAACACGAAUACCCUGGCAGGUGUCGCUGCGGUACAAUGGUCAGCACCUGUGUGGCGGAACCCUCAUCGACGACCAGUGGGUCCUUACAGCGGCCCAUUGCUUCCAACAAACCUACGGCAACUACUGGACAGUCGGCAUCGGCCUUCACGACAUCUACAACGUCCAGUACAGCCAGUUGAUCGAUGCUGCCCGUGUGUUCACACACGCUGGGUACAGCUCCAGCACCAACUCCAACGACGUCGCCAUCGUCAAGCUAGCCAAGAGGGUGGACACCCAACACAAGGACACAAGGACAGCCUGCUUACCGGACAGAGACGAGACGUUUGAUGGGAUGGUUUGCACAGUCACAGGAUGGGGCGCCGCGUACUCGGAGGGUCACAUCCAGCGUUACCUGCAGGAAGUUGAUGUCCCCAUCAUGAACAACAAGUUGUGCGCCUACUACAUGGGCAGCCACAUCCACGCCUCCAACAUCUGCGCCGGAUAUUCGCAGGGCGGCAAGGACGCGUGUCAGGGAGAUUCCGGCGGCCCACUUGUGUGCAGGAAGGGUGGUGUCUGGAAGAUAGUGGGUGUGGUGUCCUGGGGGAUCGGGUGUGGGGAGAAGAACGCCCCCGGGGUGUACACCCGGGUUUCCUCCUUCAUUGACUGGAUCGAUGACAUCAUGAAGAGGAAUGGCUAG